UUUUAUUUUGACCGCCUGAGUUGAGUCGACUCACAGGAAAUGGAAACCUCUGUUCUUAAUGCCUUGGCUGACUUUCAGUCGAUCUUUACAAUUUUAUGAGUGUGGAAAGAAACUGACUGACAACAUUCGGAGUGUCCGGUGUACAAAGGAGAAUGAGUUCGAGCACUGCACGACGAGGGAUCUACGUGGAUCAGGCGGCCCUGCUGUGCAAUAAAGGCUGUGGUUUUUAUGGCAAUUUGGCCUGGGGAGGUCUCUGUUCCAAAUGUUGGCGUGUGGAGAAUCCCAACUCACGAGCCAAGCAGAUUGAGGAGGACCAGAAACUAGCCGAGAGACUGCAAAGAGAAGAAGAGGCAGCUUACGCAGGUAUCAACCAGGGGGCACAAUCAGGGAACUUGUCCACAAGUCUGAGCAAACCCGAAGCGAAAAGGAACACUCAAAAAUCACACCCUGUCCCAUCAGGAAAGAAUUUUUUCUCCACGCUUGCAAAGACAAAAAGCAGAGAUGUCAACGUUCCCAGCCAGCCACCUCCUACGUCAACCAGCAUCAACCAGCAGCCCGUCGCCGAAUCAGACCAAGCCACAAGACAGUUCAUCGAUUUCCUCAAGACGCUGCAUAAGCCUGGACGGGAUAUUUUUAAACAGUGCCAUGCUUUCUGUCACAGUGUAGCUUACAAGAAGGAUCUUGGUGCAGAGGAUCUUUCCGAAUCUGUGCAAGAUUUUUACCAUAACUUGUCUGAGCGCUUAAACAGCCUCUUCAAAGGAAGUCCAGAGAGAGUAGAAGCAAUAAUGGACGAAGUGGAGAAGUACAUAACGCUGCAGUUGUAUGAACAAGCUUUCUGUCCUGAAUCUGCAGAUGACGAGGCCAAAGAUUUGACCAUCCAGAAGAGAAUCAGGGCUUUACACUGGGUUACGGUUCAGAUGCUGGGAGCCCCAGUAAAACAGGAGAUUCCUGCUGUGUCAGACAGUCUGGACAAGGCCAUUACAGAUAUAAUUGAGAUGGACUCCAAGCGUGUACCCAGGGAUAAGUUGGCUUACGUCACCAGAUGCAGCAAGGACAUCUUCAGAGCCAUUAAGUACAGCAACAAAGAUGCCGCGUCAGCUGACGACUUCCUUCCGGUGCUAAUCUACGUGGUGCUGAGGGCCAACCCACCCCGGUUGCAGUCCAACAUCCAGUACAUCACCCGAUUCUGCAACCCCAGGCGUCUUAUGAGCGGCGAGGAUGGAUAUUAUUUCACCAACCUGUGCUGUGCCAUAGCAUUCAUAGAGAAGCUGGAUGCUCAGUCUCUAAACCUGUCUACAGAGGAAUUUGAACUCUACAUGUCUGACCACGUGUCCCCUGACAGGCCACAGGCCCGUGGAUGCUCUUAUCCCUCAUCCUCUUCAUCACAGAGUGACCCCAGAGCCGGCAGGUUGGAGAACGACCUCAUCGAAUGGGGAGACGGAAUGGAGGCCUCUGUUCAGGAUGUUCUGAAAGAGCUUCACCUGGAUUCUUGUACCCCAUCCACCUCUGCGAUCGACUCGGACAACAUAGAGAGCGAGGGGCUUCCGCCUCCUCUGCAGCCCCAGGUUUUCGCUGGGUAGCUGUAUACCAGAUCACACCAUCCACUGAGUUCAUCUGUAAUUGACUGUUGAUAUUUAAUAUGCUCCUGAAUGCAAGCCCUACUGACUGCAGGCUAAAUAUGAAGUGGGAUCUGUAUUCUUAUCUUUCCGUUUUUAGGGGAAAUGGAUUUGCACGUUUAUUCUGUUACAGCUGAGUUCCACACGCAGCGUUUAUUUGUUACGUAACUCUUCACAUGCUGUGAUCGAGCAAGCCGACGCUCGAGUGACUGCACACCAGAGGUUUAACAUCGCCGAACUAAACUUGUGUCUUUAGUAAAUAGUAAACAUUAAAGGGGUUACUUUAAACAUAUGGAUGAAGAAAUCGUUUUAAUUAUAAUUUAGGGAAAUAUGUAAAUCGCUGAAUUACUAUUAAACAGAUACGUCCCCAGAUCUCCCUUAAGCCCCUGAAAUUGGCUUCAUCCCCUGAGACAGAAAAGGUGAAAAUGUUAAUUUAAUUAAAACUAAAUAUAGUUUUAAUUAUAAUAUAGAUAGUGACCACUAGAGGCUACUAUCCACUUAGGCCUAGUAACCACUAGUGACCGCUAGUGGCCACUAUCUAUUGGGGCAGUUCUUCUAUAAAUUGUUAUGGUGAGCCAGUGAGACAUGACGAUGUGACCCAAACUCAAAGACAGAUGUGUAUAUAUAGGAAAACGUUAAACCUUUCUUAUGAGGUAACAUCUGAGCAGUAAACCUGGCUUCAGUUUGAUGAAGAUGGGUGAUGAAGACGGGUGUGAUUUAGUAUCUAGAACGAACGUGUGCAGUCACGGCUCGUCGGACGAGCGUCGGCCGUCUCUUUCGCUCGUCCUUUCCUCCCGUGGCGACCCGAGGUAGCUUUAUUUAUGCACUUUUAUUUAUUUAUUCAGUUCACUUUAUUCAGAUAAACCUUUUAAAGCAGUCUGCUCUUCAGUUCACACAGCUUUUUAUUUCCUUAAGAGGAUACGAGCGCGUAGAAUCGAAGUAUUAAUCAGGGAUGUACCUUCCUCUUCUGUACAGGUGAUUUGAAUUUAUGUAGAAUUGUAUCUUAAAUACAGAUUUCAUGUUAUUUAUUAUAGUAUUUAAUUGAUUUUGUUUUAGGGAUAUUGUGGUCUUGCAGUCAAUUUAUUCACUGGAUUAUAAACUUUCACCGUUUAAGACGCGUAAAU